AUGCUAUCUGAAGAUCAAUUCUUUGAAGCUAAAAGUUUCCUCCAAGUCUAUAAAGAUGCUCAUAGGUGUCUAGAACAAGCUGCAAGAAAGAAGGCUGCCUUUGACAAAUAUAAUGCUUUCUAUAGUAAAGUGAAAGAAGGGCAAGAUGAAAGAGAGCUUUCAUUCGAUACCCAAGGAAAUCUUCAGCCUGCAGUCAACUUCAAAUCAGGCUUUUUCUUGAAGCUUGGACAAUUCGUGAAGUAAUAUUCUAUACAGUAAAAACGUGAAUAGCAAGCUUGAGUCGCUCCCAAAUAGCUAUGAAGCUUUAUCAUCCCAUUUAACAGGGGUGAUUGAAGACUUGAAAAAGGAAAUUUUAACAGCAAAAACUAAGGCUUAG